AUGCACACAGGAGAGCCACUUUUUGCUGGGUCAUCGGAGUUGGAUCAAAUGAUGAAGAUUGUCGAAGUGCUAGGAAUGCCACCGAAGGAGCUAUUAGACAUUGGCCCGAAGACCCAUAAGUACUUUGGAAAAACUGAAGACGGAGUCUAUUACUGUAAGACUACCCGUGACUGCUUUAACAAGUGUUAUCGUGGACCAGGACACAGGAAACUACAUGACAUUCUUGGUGUCACCUCUGGUGGCCCGAGCGGACGUCGCGCAGGGGAAUCUGGUCAUUCUGUCGAGGAGUACAGCAAAUUUAAGAUCCCACGUAUUGCCAUAGGCUCUUGA